AAGACAAUUUCCCCAUGGGGAUCAAUAAAGUAUCAAUUAUUGUUAUGUAGCAUUUUUAAAUUUUAUUAAUGGCUAGAAAGGAAUGCAUGUGCAAUAUAGUAGUGUAGUGUAUUAUGAGUUGUCAGUACAUAUUUGACAGUUUUCUCCUUGAUAAAUUAAACUGUUGGAUCAGGCAUGAAUUCCUUAACCACAUACAGGGUAAUAUUUAAAGGUGAAAUGUUUAGCACAGUUUGCUCAGGCCGGUUUAGAAUGAUGGAGUAAAUGGAAGUAUCCCAUAGAACUUCAUUAGAGAAUAUAACUUAGGACGGUACAGAGCGAGAAUGCAAGAUUCUAAUCAUAUCUCAGUGAAUUUCUAUAAAUAAUUACACCGAGACAGCUGGACUGGAUUUUCACAUCACUCCGGGUUGAUGAUGUCAGCAAAUGAAGUAAAUGGACAGUGUAGCUGACUUAGCAGUUAUCGGUUUGCAUUUUAGCAGUGGAGUUAUGAUGGGAAUAUGCAAAAGGGAAUUUAUUUCCCCAUGGCUGGCGCGCUUGAGCAUGCCGUCUCCCUGCAGUUAAACUCUUCAGUGGGGAAUAUUUAGACCUCAGAAAUUCAGACUCAGUCCUUCUCUUUUACUUUGCAACCCAAAAUGCAGGACUGAGUGCAUCUUAAGUGGCUGGCCGCUUUUAGCACCCACUUUUAGUCAGAACGCAAUUAAGGAAAAUGAGCACAUUUUUUUCUAACUAUCCCAAGAAAAAGACAGAAUAAAUUAAUACCAUUACAUUUUCAUUGUAAAGGAAAGUUAGGGAAUUAGCUGCUAGACGGAAUCUGCUAAGGUAAAGAGCAGCAGAGUUUGAGGAUUUAUCAUCGAGAUGAAGUCUACGAUGUGACAUUUUUUUUAUGUAACGCUUUUAGGUAAACUUCCUGCUUCCACAGAGUUGUGUUUUGCUGUGUUCUGCAGGCAUGACUUGUCAGGCACGGACUUCUUAUACUGAGGACGAGGUCCUUUGGGGACACCGUUUCUUUCCGGUCAUAUCCCUGGAGGAAGGCUUCUUCAAGGUGGACUACUCGCAGUUCCACGGCACCUUCGAGGUGCCGACGCCGCCCUACAGCGCCAAGGAGCAGGAGGAGGCCCUGCUCAUCUCCUCCCCACUGAUGGCGCCCUCGUUGAGCAACAGCGGCGAGAAGGACAGCUCGCUGGACUGCUUGGAGAAGCUGGAGGACGCGGAGGUGGCAGCCAAGCUGCCGGCCAAGCUGCAGAAGAUGACGGGCCGCGAGGGCCUGCCGCGGAAGCUGCUGAGAAUGAGCUCCACUGCCUCGGAGAUGACCUACAGCCUGGGCGAGCUGCCCAUCAAGCUGCAGCGCAUUAGCUCCGUGCCCGGCGUCUCUGAGGAGAAGGGGGGCUCCAAGGUCACCAAGGUCAGCACGGAACCCAUCAGCAAGUCGGUCGCCGAUCUGCCUCCAAAGCUUCAGAAGUUGGCUGGAGGAGGAGGCGGUGGGCGCAUGGAUGAACACCUCCCUCCCAAACUCCGAAAAAUGAAUUCAGACAGGUUUACGUAAAAAUCAAAAAGACAAGCUAUGUAACAGCUCUUCCCCCCUCCUGAAUUAUUUCUCCCACAUCUGCCGUUCUGCACAGCUAUUAAGGACAAUAUCAUAUUAUACUCAAGAUAUACAUCUAACGUUUUCGUAUAUAGAUUUAUGGGUGUAAAUAUACAUGCUUUGAUAUGGGACCUUUGAUAGUCAGGAUGCUGUAUCGCCGCUAAGACCUACUGCCAUGCACAGCUAAGCAUGUAAAACAGCAUUUCCCAUGCAGCAUGGCACUUAGACAGCUGUCCGUUCACGGGAACCAUCAAGAUAAAUAAAUUUCACCAGAGAA